AAUAAUAUUUGAGAAAUUAAAGGAUAAAGAAAAACUAAUACUCCGUACUUUUUAAAAUAAGUUUACUUUAAAUUCUUAUAAAGCCCGCUCUACUCCAUAAUUGAACAAUCAUAUAAAUACCCGCCCCAUUAAUUUAUUAGACAGAUCUAAGUAUGUAAUGGCAGGUCAUGGAUUUGAAUAGGGCUCCAAAGCCUCGAACCCUUCUAUCCAUUGAAAGCACUCAACGUUCACCAUUAAAGUGAAGUUCUCCUAUGAACCAAAUCCCCCAUUGAAGCAGCUUCUGAGAUAAGUUGUUUGGUUUUUGUUAUUAUCAUAUCACUUUCACAAUCCAAUUUAAUUGUCAAUGCAUUAAGUGUAGAGUUCGAAAAUCUGAACAAUUGCUCCUAAAUUCUAAGAGUAUGAAACAUCAUAACCAAAAGAAAAGAAAAUUAUGAGCCUAAUUUGAUUAUUGAACCAAAUAUCCCUAAAAUUAUGGAUUUUUCGAGAUAAUCCAAUAGGCCAAAUUAGGGAUUUUCAAUUUAUUUUUAUCUUUGACACUUCAUUUUCAUAUGUAGUGGAUUAAUUUCGAGUGAAGCCCAUAAUUAGGGCUUUUCCGUUUGUCAACUCUUCAAUAAAGUUUUGACCUUUGACAUUUGAUUUUCCAUAAGUGGUGGAUUAAUUGAACUAAGUAAUCUCACUGAAGCCCAAAAUUAGUGGAUUUUAAUCUGUCUCUGUUUUAUUGAAUUAUUACAGUGAAAUUAAGCUCAAAAUUAUGGUUAAAACUUGAAUUCUUGUGAUAUAUGCUGUUUAUAAUUGAUGAUUGAACAUUUCUAAUCCGCAGAAUAAUGUCUAUUCUACCAGGAAUGUCUCCACAUUUAGUAAUUACUGCAGCUGUUUUGUGUGGACAUUGGGCGAGGCGUUUCAGAUGUAUUAUGAACAAUAACACAGACCCUAGCAAGGCCCGAGAAUAUGUAUACUAUCACUAGUUCCAUUCUUUCCCGCUUUCCUUGUUUGAAGGAUCUAUGUCUCGAUGUUUGCAACUUGAAGCUUCAUAGUGACUUCAGGUUCAAUAAAUUGGUUCGCCUGGAUUUAUAUUAUGUAGUUUUAGAGGAAAAUCAGUUACAAUGGAUGCUUUCCACUUCUUCAACAAUUGAAUGGUUACGAAUUAGGUGGUGUAAUCUUCCUGAAAAAUUGUGCAUUGGUGAAAAUUUACAGCGACUGAGCUCUUUGAUGAUUCAUGAUCUUUCAGACCUGCGUGAAACUGAACUUAAUGCCAAAAGUCUAAACUUCUUUGAUUUUGUUGGUAGAGCAAUUGUAAAAUUCUCUUUCUUGAGUAAUACAAAGCUGAAGAGCAGCCAUGUGGCUCUCAUAGAUAAAAACUACAAAGGAGCAGAAUGUAUUAUCAGAGAUUUGGCUACUUCUAUUCCUUCUCUAGAAACACUUUUGCUCGAAGGACCUUAUUCUCUGUUACAUUUAAUACCUACUCACCCAUCCACAUUAUUUCGGCGCGUUGUGCGGUUAAGUUUAAUUUUCAAGAGUGAAGAUCCUGAAGUUGACAUGGUAAAGAGUUUUCCUCGCCUUCUCAAUUCCUUUUGGCAGCUACAGAAGCUUUACCUGAUGGUGCCAGAUACUUUUCUUCGCAGAAAAUAUGAUCUUCCAGGUGCCAGAUACUGUUCUUGGAUUCCAUGGGCAAGUUAUUUCUUAAAAAGUACUGUUGCGCUUGAUCGCAUGUUGAAUAGUCGCCAUUUAUUACCAAAUACACGUGAGGGAGAAUGGAAGAGGUCUGCUGCCCAUUCUUUUUCUCAACAAGAAUGUGAUUAUAUCCGUUUGGCGUUGCAAGGGAAUGCUAUCUCUCCAAAUGCAGAUUUAGUAAUUCAGUGAGUUUGUUGACAAAAUUAAUUCAUGUAUAUGUAAGGAUGGCGUUGAGAAUUUUCCGCUUUGGGCAUCACUGAAUUCAGUCCUCACCAAACUGGGUGGUGGUGAUUUCAGUCCUCACUUUAUUAAUUGCUAAGGUGAAGGACCCUAUCAGGCCAUAUCAGGGGUAUAAGGCAACAUUUUUUUUUGUAUAUAAAGGUAAUGAAAAAGACUUUAAGACUUGCUAUAUGGUACUUUGUUCGUCGUUAUUUAAUGAUAUUGUGACGUAAUAUAUUGUGUGAUGUUUGAUCAUAUAAAAAUAAAAAAAAAAAAAAAUAAAAAAAAAAAAAAAUUGGAAGUAAUAAUUAAUACCUGGUCUGACUCAUAUGUACACAAAAGAGGUGGCCAACACUAUUGCAAAAAACAAAAUUGAAGAGAAGAAUGCAUCAAAUGGUCAAACAAAGUUUCCACUUCCAGUAUUUGAAAUCUAGAUUGCCCUCAAAUCAGUGUGGUAGAUGAAAAAGAGGAGAGAGAAAGUGAGAAGAGAUAGUGUGGUAAAUGGAAGUUUAGGCAACCAUGUUUGGAAUUUUAACUUUUAAAAAAAAACAAAAAUUAAAAAUAAAAAGGCAUUUGGGCCAUCAGUAUAUUGUUUCAAGGUUGAGAGAGGGGAGAUUCGAACCUAUAAUCUAUUUUACACGGGCCUUUAUUUUUCAUAAUUUCAUGUAUGUUUGAGAGAGGGGAGAUUCGAACCUAUAACCUAUUUUACACAGGCCUUUAUUUUCAUAAUUUCAUGUCUGCUUACAAGUGGUAGUUGUGUUCCCUCCAAUUGUAAGUUUUCUAGGAUGUUAAGUU